CGUUCUUUGUUCACAAUUCUUCUAAAAAAGAAUCCUUUUAUCCCGUGCUGGAAGUCGUAUAGCUGGGCCUGGUACUGCAAGCUGCCCGGCUGCCCCAGAUAUUUUUGGGCCUGGAUCUUGAAGUCCAAUUUCAUGCUUCACCUUUACGAGACCCCUGCGCACCAGAAUGAUCCUGUGACGAGAACGCGCGAGGGACGACGCCGGCUGGCAGAGAGCUGGCGGGAGGAAACGGAUUAUGGCCUGACCGAACCAGUUAAAAGACCACCCGCUGGCCGGCCUCCCACUGGUCUGGUGGGAAACGACACCGAUAACACAGAGGAGCUGAUGCGUCAAGCCGGAGGAGAUCCGAAACUUGCUGCGAUGUUAUCCACAAGGCCGCUCGAGGAGAUCUACGCGCAGGAGCAGUCAAGGGGCGAAGGGAAUGCGCCGGCUUGAGUUAAAUAUAACAGAGAGAGCUCUAGGUAAAUAUGUUAAAAAUAUGAUUCUGCCUUUGAUACUCUGCGUUAAAAAAAAAAAAAAAAAAAGG